CCCCCCCCCCCCCCCCCGAUCUCUAGAUACUAGCUCCGCCCCUGUAAGAGGGCACUUAUAAGUACGUUGAGAGUACUACGUGCAUGAUGCAUGGGGGGGUUUGAGAGGGGGGACACAUAUAAAAUGAGCAAGUUGUGGGGAAAUUGGGUUUUUUUAAUGAAAAAUAUUGUCUAAUACUAAGCCAUAUAAUACCGUCUUUAAGGAAUAAGAUGCUUAUGUAAUGGCAAUUUGGCACUAAAACACUUUAGAAUGUCUAACUAGCUAUUAAAAAAAGAAGAAGAAGGAAUUUUUAACUAGUAGUACUUGAACUUAUCUCUAGACUCUAAUACCGCUAGUUAUUAUCAUGAUGAAGUUAAUUAAGAUUUUUGCUUUAUUUGUCAACGGAUAAAUCAAUUAAAAUUAAAUUGUGGUUUCGAUCCAUAUCAGCUAAAUCUUACAGAUUUGUGUUUAGAUCCAAAAGUUCCACUCUAGAUAUCAAAUUUUUGUUGUUUAAUUUGAAAAUAUAAUAAAUCUUCAUAAUUUAUGAAACAAUCUUUCAAGUGGGCAAUAUAUAAGUUUUUGAGAACAUUUGAGUCGCUUAUAGUUUAGAAUUGCUAAUUAGUAAUGCCAAAUUUUUUAUGCAUUAAUUGUUUCUUGGUUGUUGUUUGAGAUAUAUAUGCAUCUAAUAUCUUAGGGCGUGUUUGUAUAUGAUACAUUCUCGAUUUUUGAAUGCAUAUGAGGUACUAGGGGUGAACAAGCACACCCGCAAACCGACCCACCCGUCCAACCCGACCCAACCCACCCGUAUUUAUCGCUAAAACGAAGGUUUUGGGUUGGGUGAGGGUUUUCUUUUGUACAACCCGCCUCUAUUGGGUUGGGUUUGGAUUUUGGAUUACACAACCCGUAGAACCCGACCCAACCCGUGUUCCAAUUAUUGGUAUGAGUUCGUAUCCAAAAAAAUAUUUAUGUCAUAUAUAGUCAUACUUAUGAGAAAAUUAAGAUAUUUUGCCAUGUUUAAUAUACCUAUGAUUCACGUAAUUCUUUUUCUUGUGUACAAUUUUAAUAGAAUAACAUAUUAUGGAUGCGUUCAUUUGUAACCUUUUUAGCCUAUUUCAACAAAUGUCGUGAAAAAAAACUAGACAUAAGUUGAAGUAAAUAAAAUUUUAUUAAAAUUCAAACAAUAUUUGUGAAUUUUGAUACCUUUCACCUCGGUUUAUUCGUUUGAAUUUUUAAUUUGUUAUAAAAUAUUUUUAUGGUGUAGAAUAAUUACAUAUUUUGUGUUGGGUUGGGUUUUUACUUAAAAAUAUCGCCAACCCGACCCAACCCAAUUAGAAACAAACCGUAGGGUUUAAAUUUUUUUGGGUGGGUUUGGGUUUAAUAUUUCUCAAACCGUAGUGCAUGGGUCGGGUGAUUAAAAUGUCUAAACCCGGACCACCCGACCCAUGUACACACCUAUGAGGUACCUUAUUUCAUACUCAGCAUUCGAUUAUUUUUACAUCUAAAAACAAACUCGAACUUGUUCCAAUUGUAUAAUUAUGAACAACAAAAAAUGUGAUUUUUUUAAGAGAAUAGCAUUUAGGACUUGAUUGACUCAUAUUUUUUUAAAUUUAUUGGUACAAUGUUAGAAAUUGAAAUUCCAAAAAUGACCACUAUAAAUGACAUAUAUGAGUAAAAAUGUAAGAAUUAAUUGUGAUUCUAAUUAAUCUCUGUCAUUAUGUUAAACAAAGGGUCCAUCCUUCAAAUGUAUGACUCAUGCACCCUUUACACUUUUCUAAUAUUCUACCAAGAAACCAAAACCAAACUCCCAAGUCCCAACUAUACAUAUAUAUACACUCUUUCAACCAAUGAUCACUUGUUGCACCUUGUUUACCAGCUCCAUAUGUAUGCAUAUUCUUUUAUUUCUCUUCUUCCACCAUAAUCUUGAUUACUUUUCUUCCAUUUUGAAUUGCUUUAAAUAUAUAGUGAAGUAGUCAACGAUGAUGAAGAACCUCUUCUUCAUACUGAUGGAUUCAUGUUAACGAUUGGUCUUUUGUUCCAUUGUAGCUAGAUGCCUCUUUUCACGAUCGAUGAAUAUCGAUGAUUGAUCGUAUGGAGACAGACUUCGUCGAAGUGUACAUAUGUUACUGCAUACGUUAUAUUUGUUAGAUGUUAUUCAAAAUUUACCAAAAUGGUGGCAUUCAGUUGUUGAAGCUGCAGCUUGAUCUGCAGUCGGUGAUCGCUGGUUGAAUACCGAAUAUGGUGUAUAGACCAAGAAAAGCUCAACUGUGAAUUGUACAUAUAUGUUCAUGCUUGUGGUCGUUGUGGACCUUCGAAAACUUGAAGACCUUUGAUCAAACGUACAAAGUUGUAUUUUUAGAGAAGAUAACUUGAUGUUCUUAUGUGGAAAAGAUGGCAGGACCAAUUAUAUGUAUCAACGUUCUACAAAUUGCAUGAUAUAUGUUUGAGAUUAUUGGUAUUUAAUUGAAUGGUUGUGCAGGUCCAUCAUAUGUCACACUUAUGUCAAUCUUUGGGCAUUGAUCUUUUGACCAUGAAGGUUGUGACACCAUGUUCAAUAAUUAAUUAUAUACAACUUAUUUUGUAAUAGAGGAAUGAGAUAAAGAUUUAAUACGGAUAUAUGUAUUAUGCUCGUUAAAUUAUGAUAUAACAAUACAAUCAAAUGAUGCUAUGAUCCUACUAGCUGUGCCUAGUAAGAUUUUCAAUCAAAUUAGGACCCAUCAAUUUCUUCGUACUCAAUUGAAAGUCAAUCCAUGAACUCAUAUCUUGUGAUUAUUAAUAUCGGAAUUCUAAGGAUUCGAACACAAACCCUUCUAUAAGUCAUCAACUCUAAUACCACAUUUGACAACAAUAUAAUUUUGAUAACUCAAAAGUAGUUAUGAAGCUCGAAUAUAAACUUCAUAUAAUUGUUCUUCAGAAAAUAAGUAAUUGACAAGAACAAGUAAUAGACUUCCUAAUAUCACAAUGUCUAUAUCCAAGAGGAUAGAGCUAGUAAGGCUGAUCACCAACAUCAAAGAGGGCAAACAUUGCCAUUUUUUUCAUAUAACAUAACACUGCAUGAAGGCCAUCAAUAUUGUUAUGGUUCAUAAGUUCAUUUUCGGGCCCAGUGGGCCGGGCCGACGGAUCAAAUCAAAACUCCCAGUUAGAAUAAAUUUGAGCUGAAAAGAUUGCAAACAAGCCCACCGUUGCGCUUGAGACUCUGCUCCUCUGAUCUCUUCCAUUUACUCAGGAAGGAAAACCAACCAGGUGGCAUCCUAAUCUUAGUGGACGUUGAACAGAAUUGCGUAUCCUAGAGAACCACUUUGACAUUCCUCUCCUUCUACUCAAAUUAACGUCAUGGUCGAUUAAGAUCAGACACAUGCAACCAUGCAAUAUGCCAAGACUUUGAUUGUUGAUCGUUUCUUUAAGUUUCCAUGAAUUAUAUAAAAAAAAAAACUUGAAAAGAAGUAACGCAAAAAUAAAUGAAAAUUAAUUUUGACACAUCCUAUUUGAAAGAGACUUAGUAGACGUCCUUAAGUAGACAUAUAAAGUCGAGUUAUAUUCGAUGAUGUAGUUAUAAUCAAUGUUCAUUACAUCGUUUAUGAAUGAGAACGUGCAUUUAAAGUUCUCGAGUUUCACCAUAAAUGAACAAAAUUAUCACCACCACCAUCCGUGAACCCAACCUACCAUGCUGUCCAACUCGAGGCUGAAAUGUAAGUAGCAACCCACUUCCAUCUCGAACAACCUAUGAUUAGGUGGCGGUCAAGCUUGUGGGCGCAUGAAGCAGAGUGUCAUUGCACAAUCCAAAGCAAGUAGUAUAUAUUUCCUUUUCUUUGCUCUAUGAUUCGACUCGAAUUGCAGCAAAUGCAGGACCAACGCGUGUGUUUCCAGGCCGCGCCUUUCUUCCUCUUCUGGAACCUAACCGCUAGGGGUGGAAAUCGGUACGGUAUCGGUAUCCCAUACAAAAUACCGAAAUUCCGAAUACCGAAUUACACCCUAGAAUCAAUCUUAAUCCCAAUCCCUAAAUAAUUUCGGUAUCUCAAUCCCUAAAUAUUUCGGUAUCCCAAUCGAUACUUCGGUAUCCCAAUCGAUACUUCGGUAUCCCAAUCGGUAUUAUCGAGUACGAAAUUAAUUACCUUUACAAUUAAUAAUUAAAUAUAUAAAGUAGAUUUGAUUGUUUAAUAUAGGACAAAGAGACUAAACAAAGAGUUUUGAGUUUGGCUAGAGCUAGGAUAUGGAUAAGGACAAUGGAGUAGAUGUGACAUCUCAAGUUUUUUGUCAUUGGUAAUCUUUAAUUUGACGAAUGGGAGGCUAAAAGAAGACUAAUACUAGUGUUUGCUUUUUGGGUGGUUAAGGGUUGUGAAGUAGUGAAUGAGAGAGUUUAUUUGAGAGGAUAAAAUAUACACUAGCUUAUAUUUUUCGGUAUUGUUCGGUAUUUCGGUAUAUACCGAUCCCAAUCCCGUAAUCCCUAAUACCGAAUAACAAUUGAAAUUGAAUCCCAAUCUCAAUUCCAAUCCCAAGAAAUAAUACGUGUAUUCGGUAAUACCAAAUAUAGACAAAUUCGGUAUAUCCCAAAUACCCAUACCAAACUUCCAGCCCUACUAACAGCUAGGGGUGAAAAUCGGCACGGUAUCGGUAUCCCAAUACCAAAUAUCGAAUUCCCGAAUGUCGAAUUGCACCCUAAAAUCAAUCUCAAUCCCAAUCCCUAAAUAAUUUCUGUAUCCUAAUCCCAAUCCCUAAAUAUUUCCGUAUCCCAAUCGGUACCUCGGUAUCCCAAUCGAUAUUAUCAAAUACAAAAUUAAUUACCUUUGUUAUUAAUAAUUAAAUAUAUAAAUUACAUUUUAUUGUUUAAUUUAGGGCAAAGAGGCUAAGCAAAGAGUCUUGAGUUGCCUAAAGCUAAUAUCUCAAGUUCUUGUAAUUGGUAAUCUUUAAUUUGACGAAUUUGAGAUUGGAAGACUACUAAUACUAGUGUGAAAUAGUGAUGGAAAGAUCUUUGUAUAAUUAAAUGACACUCUUGGUAGUUGAGGGUCGUCUAGUAGUGAAUGAGAGAGUCUAGUUCAAAUGAUAAAUUACGCACUAGCUUAUAUUUCGUAUUGAUCGGUAUUUUGGUAUAUCUUGAUCUCUAUCCCGUAAUCUCUAAUACCGAAUAACAAUUGAAACUCAAUCUCAAUCUCACAAAAUAAUACGUGUAUUCGAUAAUACAAAAUAUAAACAAAUUCGAUACUAUAUUUUAGGGAUGGCAAUGGGUCGGGUCGGGGACGGAUAGUGCAUAUCCGUUACCCUACCCAAAUUAGUUCGGGUUUUACCCAUACCCAUACCCGCAUGUGAAACGGGUAGAAAAUUAAAACCAUGUCCAUACCCUUUCGGGUUUCGGGUAUUCACGGUUAUCCAUGGGUAAUGAUUUCUCUUCAUAACUCCAACCAAUAUGCUAACAUUCAUAUGUAUUCUCACAUUAAGUAAGAGAAAAAGUAUGACAAUAAUUCACUAGAAUAAAGAAAAUUAAUUAAAACAACACAAUUUCACGAAAAUAUUAUAUUUAUAUGCUAAAUAUAAAAUAUGUUAGAGAAAAAUAAUGAUUAUUUUUAGACAAAAUACAUAUGUAUGUGUAUAAUCGGGCGGGUUCGGGUUGGAUAGUGAGAAAUGCAUGCCCACCCAUUACCCGCAAUAUUCGGGUUCGGGUUUUACCCGUACCCACUAAAUGUCUUCCAGAUUCGAGUUUUACCCUACCCGAUUAGGCCGGGUUAGGAUGGAUAUCCACGAUUACGGAUAUUUUUGCCAUCCCUACUAUAUUUGAUUUAUCCCAAAUAACGAUAUCUAACUUCCAACCCUACUAAUAGCCGAGCCCCUCAAAAUGUGGUAUUUUUUCUUCUUUUGUCCCCGCAGACACCGCUUUCAAGAGAAACCCUAAUUAAACAAACGAACCAACCAACCAAAAACAAACCAGUAGGUUUCUCGAUAGGACGACCCAGCUGCCAGCGACUACCACGUGUCCCAUCUCCCUUUCCCUUUUCGUCCCUCCGGUGACACUUUCUCCUCUCCCAUUGGUCCAAAUGGAUUGGCUUGCUGGGCUCCACCUUCCGAUGCGCUUAGAUUAUUAGCAGUUAAUCAUCCAAAACCCAGAUAUAUAUUAUAUUAUUUCCGUAAUUACCAAUUAACUACUGUCAAAAACUCCAGCUGGCAAUUUUGAUCCAAUAGGAAGAUUGUACAUUACAGGUAUUGAGAUAUUUCCUCCCGAAUGUUCUGGACAAGUGAACUUCGAGAUUUAUUUCCAUUUAAAAAAUAAAAUAUCUGGUUGCUAUCUACGUGCAUUAUUGUACGUUGUAUAUGAGCAACAAAAGGGAUGUAGACAAUAAUAAUACAAAUAAGGUACCAAUUGGCUCGACGUGACCUGCCAAAUACAAAGUUAAAUAACGUAAAACUAGGUACCAAUAAUGUUAUCCCCCAUCAAUUUCUCAUACCAAACUAUUAUGUUGUAUUAUUAUGAUUAUAUUUGGACAUUAUGUGAAUCAUCUUUAGUUUUGUUGGAAACAAUAAUCUAGUUUUGGAGAUAAUGGGAGGAUAAUAGAUAUACCUGAGAAAGGGUUUGACCAUGUCAAUGAUUUGGAUCUAUUAUAGAUUGGAGAGUGUGUAAAUCUUGAAAUUUAUGACACAGUAAUCAAUUUGAAGGAAUACAUGGCAUUAGUUAUAUUAAUAUAUUUUGCUGUAAAAACAUGUAAAAUUAGCCAUUGCAAACCAACCCCUCGUCAGGCAUAUAUAUUAUUUGUGGUGCAUAGAUAUUAAUCGAAGAGCGACUUUUCUCUGGAUUACAAAAUUAUUAUCACCAAGUUGGAGUAGACAAAUAGAGAACUAAAUAAAUUACAUAAAUCUAUGUUGUCGUAAAAACAAAUAAGACGAUCGAAAAAAUUCGUUAUGGUAUAUAAUUUGACGCAAACUGAUAUCACGGCAAGAAAACAUACCUCAUCAAAAAGACCAUUCGUAGAAACUCAUAGCUCGACCACCAUAUACAUCAUCAACGGCUGUUCUUGUGUUUCCUAUCUUAAUUGGAAAGCUUGAAAUGUAAGUGAAACUGCUAAACUUAAUUACCUUGAUUGGCCAGAACAAGAGAUAUUAUUUAACUUUGAAGAUCGAGAUGGGUCGGGCAGCAUAUAGGAAAAAUCUGGCCGGCCUAUCACAGCCUAACAUUGUAUGCUCUUGUUUGCCCUAGGACACGUGUUUAUCCCGGGACACGUGUAACGUGUCGAUCCCUUCAUGUCUCCCACACUUUCCCCUUAAUUAUCGCCUCCACUGCUCCCCACAUCUCUCACAAACCCCCACCUCCGCCGGAGAAAGAAAUUAUAGAGACAGAGAGAAACAAACAAGCAAAGAAAGAUCAGAGAGAUGAACCGCGGUGGAGAAUCAUCAGCCAUGAUAAGCAGCUGGUCCGACAUGAACAACCCUAUCUCAUGCAGAUCCGGCUUCAGAUCGGUGCAAGACGUCGGUCCCGCGAUCAUCAACCGGCUCAUGCUCCGGUUCCGACCCAUCGCCCCCAAACCCUCCCUUACCUCCGCCGCCAAGGAAAUACCCUCCUCCGCCGCAGCAAACAGUUGCACCCCCAGAAAGAGACGGAAGUACGAUAGGGCUCGCAAGAGCAACAAUAACAACAGAUCCCAGAUGGCCAAAAGAAAGGACACCUCGUCAUCUUCAUCGUCGUCAACAUCAUCGUCAUCACCGACACAUCCUCCUAAACGCUCAAACGACGUCGUAACGCUCCAGCUCCUCCCGGAGAACAACCAUCCACGCGCGGCAAGUGACCAGGCGCCGACAAAGAAACAACGACGAGCAGCUCAAGAUGACAAGUCGUGUCCUCCGUCGGGGUGCCGCAAUCUGGAUCUUUCCGUGUCCACGUCAGCAGAUCUGAUGUCGUGGCGGCGGGAGAAGGUGGUGGAGGAGUCGUGGGUGACGGUGGAGUCGGUGGCGGAGAUCUCGUCCUCCGACUUGGCUUACUCCACGGGUCUGGAGGAAGUGAAGAUGCGCUUAGGUGUUGACACGUGUCCGGGGCUCGUAACUGACUGCUGCAACCGGGUGGUGUGGGUGAACGGCGCCUACAGGAGGAUGGUGGGGACGGCGUCCGUCGUGAGGGUGGUGGUGGUGAUGAAGGAUGAUGAGGUGGCGGCGUCGUUUCAUCGCGAAGUUAGAGGAGGAGCGUACACGUGUUGGGUGAGGGUGAGAGGGGAGACGUGGAGGAAGGAGAUGGUGCCAUGUGACGUGUGGCGGCUGGAGAAUGGUGGGCUUGCAUGGAGGCUGGACGUUGAGUCUGCUCUCACCCUUGGGCCGGGUUAAAAUGCGUAGUUAAAGGGUUGGGGAUGUAAUUAUCCUCGAAGCAAGGUAAUUAGCUUUAAUUGCACGUGCGAAGUAAUUAUCCUCGAUCUUGUGAACAAGAGGUUGAUUUAGCGAUUUCAUAGUCGACUAGUAUCCUAGAGAUAUAUAUGGUAGGUUUGAGUACUGUCGGGGUAUACUUCUUUUGUUAUUAUGCAUACUCUCUUUCAUUAACAUGUAAAAAUACAUAAACCAGUCUAGUCUUUGUUUUGGUUCCCAAUAGUGUAGCUAUAGGAGUGGAGUGACCAAUCUUCCAAACCCACCUAUGCCUUUUGAAAAGGACCACGCUCAAUGAUCAGAGAGGGAAGGAUGAAUAUUGAGGAGGUGGCAGUAGUAGCGAAUCCUAGCAUCAUAUUGAGGCCUAUGACCUAUCUUGUCAUAGAAAUCUAAAUAUAUAUAAUUAUAUCAAAUCGAAAAGGAAAAAAAAUAUUUUUUUUUUCGGAAUAUUGUGAUUUUUUCAGUUUUUAAAAGAAUACAUUCAUUAGCUUUAGCGUGCGUUUAAUCAGCGACAGAUCCACAACAUAGUAAAACACUGCAUUACAUUUGGAAAGAGGCGGAUAGGACUGGAUCGUAAACCAACUAUCACUAAAAUCGAAUACCUAAAAUUGCAAAUUUUACAAGUACAAUACUAGCUCUGGACAUAGAGGAGUACUGAGCUCGGCUCUGAGGAGAUCUCUCCCUGGAUCCGUCACAGGGUUCAUUUAACACAAGUUGGUUACUUUAAACACGAGUCGGUUACUCGUAUAGAAAGAGUAAAAGAAGUUCGGGGAGGAGAGUCAAAUAGUUAUUAGGUUUUGUAUUUUGGCGUGGAUGAAAAAAUUGAGUAAAAUAUGGUUAAAUUGGAUGUUAUUUUAGUGUAUGGGUGUAUUUAUUAUUUUUAAAGUAAUCAAAAUUUACUUUUUUGGGUGGUAUUAGUUUGAAGAUCUCUAGCUUGAAACAUAAAAACUACAAUUCGGAGAUUUGUAAAAUAUGCACAAAUUUAGAGAUGCUCCGGACUCCUAAAUGCUCAUGAGUUCAUUUGUAGGUGUCAUGUUAGUACGGAAUGUUUUUGGGUUUUUUAUAUCCUUCUAGCUACUUUCUAUUCUAUACGAUUACAGUAAGAGUCGUUUGGAAGUUGCGAAUGUUAAAUCAUUGCAUUGUAAUGAAUCAUCAUAAUAUAAAUGCAUGUAUUGAUACAAUGGAUGCAUUUUAACAAUACAUUGUUUGGUUGUUGAGAUUCUACUUUAUGCAUUGAUUUACAUAAAGUUACUUUUAUGGGAAAAUGUUAUAUUUACCCUCAACUUUUAGUAUAAGACAAAAACUAUUAGGGAUAUAAAUAGAAAGAAAAAGUUGACACUAAUCUAAAAGCAACAAUCACAACUUUUAGUUGAGAUUGUAUAAUGCAUCAUUUUUUGUGAUUGUCGGUGAGACCUACCUAAAACAAUGCAUGCAUUGUUUUACACUAUGGCACUUCCAAACAUUGUAUUGUGCACAAUAGAUAUAUUUAACAAACACAAAUAAUCACAACUUCCAAAUAAUCCCUAAAAAGAGGGAAAUGAGCUGAUAAUUCGUUCGGAGUCGAAAUUAUUUCUCAUGUUAUUAACGAUAUCGAGCUUGUUGGUAGUUGACAUGGUACCGUUUGACUAUAAAACUUUUGGUUGAUAAUGCAUAUGUAUGACUUAGAUGUGUACUGAAAUCCAUAAAAGACGAGGUAUCAAUGGUCGAUGGACAACUAGUUACGAAUUUAAUUAUUUAUUGAUAUUAGUAUCAGACUUUCGUAAAUAGUUUAGGAUACAACUCCAUGUAUUAUGAUGGGGCUACUAAGGGUUCUGUAGAAGAGCCAUUAAUUUCGUUGGUUUCUCGGGAAUGAUUCAGUAGUAUUUACUCGCUAUCAAUAUUGCAAUAAAAAUGAUUAAUUCAC